AUGGCGCCCACUCCGACGGCCAUCAGUGGCCUGAUACGACAGGUGAUACACUAUCAUCUCGACAAUGCCUCAUAUGAAAACGCCCUCUUCUUCGCCGAACGGUUGACCGCCCAGGACCCCAGGUCCAGCGAACCCACAUACCUCUAUGCGCUAUGUCAUCUGCGCCUCGGCGACUACCGGUCGGCAUACGACGUCAGUAAGCCCAUGGGCUACCGCGGUGUUCACUUUGGCUGCGCGUGGGUGUUCGCGCAAGCCUGCCUGGCCCUCGAGCGGUACAAGGAUGGCAUCACAGCGCUUGAGAAGUCGCGGAGUCUCUGGUCGUCGAAAAGCAGCCUUGGGAAGCAUAGCGCAACUACUCGAACGGCCCUUCCCGACGCAUCCGCAGUGCUGUGCUUGAUGGGUAAACUUAAUCGCGGCUAUGACGACAAGAAGAAGGCUAUCGGCUGCUUCGAGGAGGCGCUCAAGCUCAACCCCUUCAUGUGGGAUGCCUUUACAGCGCUCUGCGAAAUGGGCGUGACGGUUCGCGUGCCAAACAUCUUCAAGGUCAACGAUGCGCUUGUGCAGAGUUUCGACGUGGAGCCGAGCUCGUCGGUAGACUCGAGAGAAGGAUCAGUAUCAAACCCCCCAGAUGUUCCAACAAAGAAAUCGCAACGAGGCGUCGCGACGGAUGUAGGGAGCGACCCAUUCAAUCCCAGCAACUCUCCCACCAUUCAUGAGUUGACUAAUGGCGACUCUGUCAUGGAAGGCGAAAGAAGCGACUUUAUGUUAAAGAUUCACGAAGGCCGCAUGCGCUAUGCAACUUCAACCAACAACUCCGGCUUCGACGGGAUGGAGACUCCCCCAAACCAAGGAUUAUCAGAGGUUACAUCCUCUCGCGCUGUUCAACCACAUGAUGCGCCCCAAGCGCCUUCACGGAGGACGCGGAACACGCAUGCCAUGGAUCAAGGUCAUGACGCACCACCACGGAUGAACUACCGGUUAGGAUCAAGGCGAACGAGAGCGCAAGACAAAGGACAACAGGAACAGGCUGCUGAGGUUGUCAUGGCAGAUGCAUCUAACGGCGCCCCCUCGGCAUCUCUGCGGUCGUCCAUACCAGCAGCGGAGAGGAAGCGCACUGUAUCAGGACACCCAGCACGGGGCUCUGAGGAGCCCACGACGACUCGACGCAGCGCAAGACUGAACAUGUUCAGGCCAUCAUCCAAAGCAAACUCGGGCGCGGCCACGAUAGGAGCGUCGGCCGGUCGAGAAUUAAAGAAAGCUAGGCCCCCGAUCUCUCGAAUAAUGCGACCGGGAUCUAGCGGCUCCAGUGUCGGACGAGUCGUCAGCGGGAACCGCAAGCCUCUGGAAGACGCACACGCAGACGUCGACCACGGGGAACUGCCAAAGGUCAAGGAGGUGCCCCCCCAGCCGCCUGCGCCCAAGCCGGCGGAACUGGACACGCAAAGGAUCGAGGAAGGACUUAAGUGGAUACUCGACCUUACAAAGAAGCUCGCCAACGGCUACUACUCCUUGUCACAGUUCCAGUGUGCGGAGAGCGUACAAGCCCUGAUGUCGUUGCCUCUGGCGCAUCAAAAUACACCAUGGGUACUUGCGCAGAUGGGCCGGGCGCACUACGAGCAGGCUUCGUACGCCGACGCCGAAAAGUUCUUUAGGAAAAUGCGUGUCCAGGCCCCGUCCCGGCUUGAAGAUAUGGAGGUGUAUUCUACGAUUCUAUGGCAUCUGAAGCGGGAGACGGAUCUCUCAUUCCUUGCUCAUGAGCUGGUAGACUCAGCCUGGCUCUCACCGCAAGCUUGGUGCGCGCUUGGCAAUGCGUGGUCGCUCGCUCGCGACUAUGAGCAAGCAUUGAAGUGUUUCAAGAGGGCAACUCAGCUGGAUCCCAAGUUCGCCUAUGCUUUCACAUUGCAAGGACACGAACAUGUGGCCAACGAAGAGUAUGAUAAGGCCCUCACUGCAUACCGACAGGCGAUAUCAGCAGAUAGACGCCACUACAACGCUUACUACGGCAUUGGAAAGGUUCAGGAGCGCCUGGGAGCGCUCGAUAAGGCGUAUGCGCACUUCCACGCAGCUCAGAGUAUAAACCCCAACAAUGCGGUCCUGAUCUGCUGCAUCGGAACGGUGUUGGAGAAGCAGAAACAGAUAAUGCCUGCACUGCAAGCAUAUAGCAAAGCGGUAGAGCUCGCGCCGCGAGCUGCGCAGACCCGGUACAAGAAGGCUAGAGCAUUGCUCGCUGUAGGACAACUGGACGCUGCACAGAAGGAGUUGAUGGUGCUGAAAGACUUGGCACCUGAUGAGGCGACUGUUCACUUUCUUCUCGGCAAACUGUAUAGGAGCAUGGGCGAGAAGCAACUCUCAGUGCGGCACUUUACCAUUGCUCUUGCUUUGGACCCCAAGGCAAGCCAACAAAUUAAAGAAGCGAUUGAGAGUUUUGAAGAUGAUGUGGACAUGGACGACUCCAUGAUGGCAUGA